CCUAAUCGCACACUUUUUUAUCUUGCGAUCUUGCAAACUUGCCAUUUACUAACCUUCCAGUCAAUCACCAGAAGUCACCAUGGGUAAGCAGUUUUUCUAUUUUAUGCGCUCGAUUGCAACGAUGCCGCCCGCCGGAGGAUUAUGACGACGAGAAACAAAUUUCGAUAUUUCUUCACAACUCGCUACGAAAGGGACAGAAGGACGAAGGAUCACCUCUCAGCUGCUCCAGAACAUCGACGACUGCUCACACAAUUUUCGAUCUGUUUGCUGAAGCGGGCGUGUCAAAGUUUUGAUCCAAGAGCCAAUUUCGAAUUUCGUCAACACCUCGACUUGGCACUAGCACCACGCACUCGAAAUUUCCAUUUGAUCCUCCGGCUCGGCUUGCGGCAUCACAACAACCAACCACUAUCACCUACAACGUCUCAUACUGACAAUGUCUUCAGGCCGUCUUCAGGAAUACGAGGUCAUUGGGCGCCACUUGCCCACCGAGGCUAACCCUACCCCCGCCCUCUACCGCAUGACCAUCUUCGCUCCCAACGAGACGGUCGCCAAGUCCCGAUACUGGUACUUCUUGCGCGGUCUCAAGAAGGUCAAGAAGGCCACUGGUGAGAUUGUCAGCGUCAAGACUAUCCACGAGAAGCACCCCCUCAAGGUCAAGAACUUUGGCAUCUGGAUCCGAUAUGACUCUCGUUCCGGCACGCACAACAUGUACAAGGAGUACCGUGAGCUGUCCCGAACAGAUGCUGUCGAGUCUCUCUACUCCGACAUGGCUGCCCGCCACCGUGCUCGUUUCAGGUCCAUCCACAUCCUCCGCGUCGUCGAGAUUGAGAAGACCGAGGACAUCAAGCGACCCUACAUCCGCCAGCUGACCCAGAAGGGACUCAGCUUCCCUCUCCCCCACCGCAUCACCAAGGAGAACACCAAGAAGCUCUUCAGCGCGAAGCGACCUUCCACUUUCGCUUAGAAUGAUUUCGGUUUAGAGGACGGUUGGGGCUCUGCGGGUGUUACAACGGAUCAUGGAAAUAUCAACUGACUUUGCUCAAUAAAACGGGCAUUGAAUGAACCAAAAAUUCUGAGCAUGCGGAUGCUGCCUGGUGUGAAAACAAUUGAUUGGGAUUUAAAAAGUAACAAAGACUAUUGAUUGUGAACUAUCAUGUCGACUCGCCUGUCCCGCUCCCUGGAGAUGUUUCUAUCUGUGUAUCGUUGAAAAAUUCUGUCCAAUAUGUCCAUUCCAUAGGCACGCCUUGCUCCAAGCCCAUACCAAAGUCGAGAUUCAAUGUUUCUGGUGGAUCGAACAGUAUUGAGGGAUCCAUACUGCUCGUGUCGUACUGUGCUG